AUGACUCGAAGAAGGUCCAGACCAGAAACUCCACCUCAUAUUCGCCAAGAUGUGCGAUAUAAAACACCUGAACUUGAGGAAACUCCUGAAGACCGAAGAAGGAGAAAAUCCCGAAAGUUUAAUGCUGCUAAAAAUUUCUAUAACGCUCUAAAAAACUCUAAUGAAAUUACAAAUAACCCUAUUGGAGAUUAUGAUAUUUUGGCAGACAUUCAGCAAGACCUCCAUAUGCAUAAUCCUUUUGUUCAAGUUUUCCGAAGUGCUGGCCAAUUUGUUCGUGAAGGUCAGCCAAUUAUGUUAAGACUCUUGAGUGGCCAAGGUUUUGAUAUAAGGCGUUAUAACCGGCCUACUGCAGAUGAAAUAGCAGUUUUAUUAAUUGAUAACAAUGCCGACAGUGAAAACCACCAUAAUCCUGUAAGUGAUGCCCUUGAAAAUGAAAUUGACCUUACGGGUGGAAACUCAGAUGAAGAAUUGAGCCAGCCUCAACAGAAAAGUCAGAGAAGUCAUGUUACAAUGCGGGACUAUGCUGCAUACCGUUUACAUGUACGUAGUCCCAUUGAUAGCAUAUUACAUCAUGCUGGGCGUCUUUUUCAUCAAUACAUUGUUGACCAAUAUGCCAAGAUUGAACAAAAUCGGCUUCUCUGGCAAAGAAUGAACCAGCAAACAAUUCGUGCCGAGCUUUACCAAGGACUUGCUGAUGCAUUGGCAAAUGACUUUCAAAAUCUCAGCAAUGUUUGUAGAGAAGAUUCAACAGCUGCAAAUCUCUUAUACUCGGAAUUUCCCAAGUUCUUUCGCUGGGUAAAAGGAGCCUGGAUACGUCGAAAAAGAAGUGGAAGUAAAGUGAUUGGUAGACUUUAUUCUUGCUCUCCAAUUGACUCAGAACGCUUUUGCUUGCGUCUCCUAUUAUGUCACAUCCGUGGCCCUACAUCAUUCGAGAGUCUGCGCACAAUUAAUGGUAUAACAUAUCUAACGUUCAAACAAGCAGCGCAGCAAUUAGGUCUAUUGGAAAGUGAUGAAGAAUGGCAUAAUUGUUUAUAUGAAGCAAGUCUAUUUCGGAUGCCUUCACAACUACGCCUCUUAUUCGCGACAAUAUUAAUUUAUUGUCAACCAUCAGAUAUUAAAAGUCUUUGGGAUACCUACCUGCCUGACCUAGCAGAAGAUUUUAUAUAUCAAGCACGGCAGCGUGGUGAAAAUACCGUACCAGAAGAUCCAUUAAUUGUAAGUCGUGCUUUGGUUGAAAUUGAAGACCACCUUAGACAGUGUGGAAAGUACCUUACGGACUUUCCUGAGUUACCUACCAUACAGCAUGAUUUACUAAACAUCGAUAGGCAAACACAGCUUUUUGCAGAAGAAUCGUCCUUUUCACGGGAUGAGUUACAGAGAAUUCUCGAGGGAGUUUCUCUGUUAAAUGAUGAACAACGUGCAGUGUAUGAUGCUGUAAUUGAAAAAAAUAUUCUUAGUAAAAAUAUAAAAUUAAAUUUAAAUUUUACACACUGCUUAGAA